CCACGGGCCACACGAGCACUGUAGGACAGCAUUUGGGUGACAGCUUGUUUCUGCGAUGCUUUUAGAAAGCCCGCAUCAGUCUCAUUCGUGCCCGAUGCAAGGCGAAUCUCUGCACUGGCGCCUCGUCGUCUACUGGAUCCUCUUCCUCUUGCUCGUGCUCGCGCCCCUCGACGCGCUUUUGCAAGCGCUUUUCGAAGCGCAGCAGUGGUACACGAUUGACGCUUCCGCCGUCUCGCCCAAGGACGUGACGAGCCCGCUCCGUAUUCAGCGUGUCGCCCUCGCGAAGCGGUGGGCCCUCGCGCUGCGCAAGCGGUCUGCCUCCCGCGCACUCUUCCUCGAGUACGUCCCGCUCGUCCUCACGACGUGGGCUUUGGGCGUCGUGCCCGUCUACGCGCCGCUGGAUACCGCCGUCGAAGCCGCCCUUGUGCUCACGACGUGCGUCCUUGGAGGCCUUUUUCUGCAGCAAGCCCAUACCCGCCAAGUGCUCCAGUACCAGCAAGAACAGUGGUGCCUCUGGGAAGAAAGCAUGCUCGCGCAGCUGUCGGCAGCGCACGAGCUCUCGACAGCGCCCGGUUGUUGA